AUGGCAAGCUCGCCCACGUUCACGGCAGAGUCCCUUCCACGGCUCGUCGCCGUCGACACCGUCCCGCAGGUCCUCUCCCCUCCAUCCUCGCACUCCUCGGGCUCGACCUCUCCGACGCUCGAAGAACCGCCUUCCGAGAGCGCACCUCCCGCCGCGCAGAAGAAGAAGAAAAAGAAAAAGACCAAGAAGCCGGCCAAGCCCUCCACGCAGCCGCCUUCGCCCACCAAACCAGAGGACGACCCCCUGCGCGCGCCCGUGCUGUGCAUCAGCAGGAACAAGCACUGGCGAUACAUCAGCUCCUACCACGGCCCAUGGCUACAGCUCCCCAUCGAGCUCCUCGACUCUCUCCUCGUCCUCAACCUCGACCCCGCCACCCUCCAGACCCCCGACAUCCGCAUGCCGCCUCUGCCCGCCCACAGCGUCAACCCCAUCCCCAGCUCCUUCCCCAGGAUCCGCGACCGCGGCUUCAACAGCCCCCCCGACAACAUCUUCUUCGACACGUCCCACAGCCCAUUCGCGUCCAUAUCCUCGUCUCCGCUCCCUGCGCCCCCGCCGGGAAAGGCCAUGCCCCCGCCCAUAGACCCCGGCGCGUUCCGCUCCGUCACCACCAUCCGCCGGCUCAUCGACGAGGCAGCCGAGCUUUCCGUUCGGGCCAGCUCCGGCCUCUCCGCCGUCGCUCUCGGCUCUAUGCGGAGCGGUGGGCCCUCUAGCAUGAACGGCAGCCCGUGGGCCAUCGCCCAAUCGCUCGGUAUCAACCCUCUCGGAGACGGUGGCGGAAGAAACGUCACCAUGUCCGCUAUGCGCAUCCACAGGCUGCGCGCUCUGGCGGUCCAGAAGCUCGCCGCCGCGUAUAGGACAGACGAGAUCGCCUCCAGCGUGAUGGUCAUGCAGGGUGGCAGCGUGUUCGACGACAUAGCCGAGCGUGUGCUCAAAGUCGACCCGAACGAUGCCGACGCUAAAUACGUGCACUUCUUUCACGAAAAAAUACCGUCCAGGCAGCUGGCAGAGUCGACGACGACGCAGGUCCUGGACGAGCUCAUCGCGGUCAACCCCCAUCGACUGGAGCUGUACCGCACGCGGGGCAUCGUCUCUACCUUCCGAGACGAGUACAUUCUCGCGACCCGGGACUUCACUCAUGCCCUCAAAGAGGCGCGCGCCGUCCGCAAAGCGCGCACCCUCCACCGGCACAAUAUUAUUUCGCCCCAAGGGAACGGCAAGAACUCGAGGAAAAAGAAGGGGGACACGCGGAAAAAAACGAACGGACAGGCCCCGCCCAACGGCACCAGCGCCUCAGCAGACGGGCAUCCCAACAGCACCGAAGAUGAGCCGCUGCUCCUCCAUCCCUCCGUCCUGCCCGACGCUCCCGAUCCCCUCGAGCACCAGCUCCUGUUCCUCCGCGGCGCUGCCUACCUCCAGCACGCCGUCUUCCUUAUCGAGCAGGCCAUCCUCAAGCUCGAAGGGAUCCGCAAGGUACCCUCGACCGACGGGACCGAGCUCCGGCUGUGCUACAUCGAGAACGGACGCUACGGCGGGGUCGAGAUUGGGAACCCCGACGGCCCGCUGGGGCAGCGCGAGGGCGCCAAGGCGCAGGCGUACCGACAGGUGCUCGCGGAGGACGGCUUUCGCGCCCAGAUCUACAGCCUGCUGAAGAAGAGCAUCCGCGACCACGAGCGGUUCCUCGCGCACUUCGACACGCUCGAGACGGCGCCCGCCGAGCCACCGAGCGAGGACCUCGCGGCGCGCACCGCGUAUGCGUUCCUGCUCACCGAGGCGCUGCGCCCGGGCUCGCACUCGGCGCCGCCGCCGCUCCCCGACACGCCGCCGAUGUUCACGACGUACCACCCGCUGCUCGUCGAGGCGCACUUCUCGAUCCUCCUGUCCCUGCUCAUGCUCGGCGACUUCGCGCCGCUGCUCGCGACGUUCGUGCGCACCGCGAGCCUCGUCGACGGGCUCGAGGGCUACCCCGUCUUCCUCCCCCCGCGCUCGAUGGCGCAGGCCGAGUUCGUCGAGGUGCUCGAGCGCCUCGCCGGCGGCUGGCGCGCGGGCGUGCAGCCGCACUCGCUCGCGCGCGCGCAGACGAACGGGAAGCUCGCGAUCGAGGCGCCGCCCCUGCCGCCUCCUUCCCCGCCCGCAGCGUCCACACCGCCCUCCCCACGGCCGCCGACAGCCGCCGACCCACUCGGCCCCUCCUCCUCCUGCGCCUCGUCCUCGUCGCGGCAGCGCCAGCCGCCAUCGUCCCAGCCCCAGUCCGGCCGCGAGACGCCCGUGUCCGUGUCCGUGUCGGGCGCGCCGGGCGUCGACCUCGCCACGGCGCUCGACUGCGUACGGAUCCUGCUCGCGCCGGUGGCGAAGCGGCAGCGCGAGCGCGCGGAGCGGGCGGCGUCGGAGAAGGCGAGCGGGAAGAAGAAGCUGGCGCCGAUCAACAUCCCGCUGCAUGGCCCGCGGGUGGAGAUCGUGCUGGCGUGGGUGGCGGCGGUGUGGCUCGUCGAGCUGGAGGGCGUUGCGUGAUCGGAGGGUGCCUCGGCGGAUACAUAUCAUCAUGUCUUUCUGGAGUGGUGCCGUUGGGUAGGGGUGGUGUCGUUGUGACUUCGAGCGCGCUCGGUGGCUUGGCUUGAUGCGAGCGUUUUUUUUUUUGCGUGCAGGCCCCGUCUUUCGAUUUAAGAUUAUGUUUAUUGUUGGGUCGUUUACGCUUGCUGGUGAGCAUGGUCAAAUGAAUCAAGAUGCGUUGUAUGCAUGUAGUGCUCGUCAAACACCGUGCUGGGGCUGCCUGCGAACAAGGCAUGAGGGGGAGAGAGGGUCCUGAGAGGCUGUGAUCGCCGCCGCAGGCGCAGUUCGCGAGUUCAUGCGGCUCGGGGAGUGUGAUGCCCGCAAUCCUCCGGCGUCGGCGGCUGAUACUGUACGAUGAUCAGCGAGUGUUCGCGGCAGGCGGCUGGCCGACACGGGGCAUGGAGUGGGUAUGGACAGCACCACGUACGGGCCAUCUGAUGGACACGCCGCGCCCACGGCGCUGGACGACCCCAUCGGCCGCACACGCUAUGAUAGCUACAGUGCGGAUCUGUGAGUAACUAAGCAGGCAGCGCACUCCUCCUGCAUCCUGCUAUACCGGACCUAGCGCCC